AUUAAGUGUUGAUAACCGGAUAUUUUAGACUGCAAAGGGCAGAAAGAGUGGUGGAGAAACAUGGCUACUAAACCAGGCAUUCUCAGCGAUUGGCCAUGGCAGUCUAUUGGGAACUUCAAGUAUGCUCUUCUGGUCCCUGGGGCUAUUUACAGCACAUACUCCUUCAUAACCACAGCAGAAAAUGAGAGGAACCUGUUCAUGUUCCUGGUCUUCCCAUUCCUCUUGUUUAGAUUCGCUCACUACCAGCUAUGGAUUUCUGUCUCUCGCUACCGAACUGCCAAAGGAAACAACAGGAUUGUUGACAAGAGCCUCGACUUCGAGCAAGUUGACAGAGAAAGGAGCUGGGAUGAUCAGAUUGUAUUGAACGGAAUUUUGUUCUACGCGGCGGGCGUAGUAUUAAGAGAUCAAUUCAACAUGCCUUUCUUUAAAGCAGAUGGCACAAUAAUCACACUGUUACUUCACUGGGGUCCUGCAGAGUUCCUCUACUAUUGGCUUCACAGGGCAUUGCACCACCAUUACCUCUACGCUCGCUACCACUCCCAUCACCAUUCUUCCAUUGUCACCGAGCCCAACACCUCAUUUGUGCACCCAUUCGCAGAAGUAAUUUCCUAUUAUGUGCUCCUUCUGAUACCAAUAUUGACAUCGAUAUAUAUCGGAAAAGCUUCCAUUAUCGGAGUGUUUACUUACGUUACUGUUGUUGAUUUCUUGAACAACAUGGGACACUGCAACUUUGAGUUCAUCCCGGAAUGGGCCUUCACCAUUUUCCCUCCUCUCAAGUACAUUGUGUACACCCCAUCGUUUCACUCUCUACAUCACACUCAAUUUCGGACCAAUUACUCCCUUUUCUGUCCAUUCUAUGAUUAUGUCUAUGGCACCGUGGACAAGUCGACAGAUUCCUUGUAUGAAACCACGAUCAAAAGAGAGGCAGAGUCACCUGACGUGGUUCAUCUAACUCAUCUAACCACGCCAGACUCCAUCUACCAUCUGCCCCUUGGGUUCCCUUCAUUGUCCUCCAAGCCCCAAGCUUCCAAAUGGUACCUCCUGUUUAUGUGGCCUGUCACUCUCUGGUCUGUGCUCUUGACUUGGAUUUAUGGCCAUGCCUUUAUUUCAGAGAGGAACGCCUUUAAAAAACUCAAACUUCAAGCUUGGGUUGUUCCCAAGUACAAUAUGCAAUAUUUCUCAAAAUGGCAAAGAGAAACUAUCAGUAAAUUGAUUGGAGAAGCCAUUCAAGAUGCAGAUAAGAAGGGAGCUAAGGUGCUGAGUUUAGGCCUUCUGAAUCAGCAUGAGGAGUUUAGCAGAAAUAUAGAGCUUUAUAUCAAAAGGCACCCUCAGCUUAAAAUCAAGGUUGUAGAUGGAAGCAGUUUAGCAGCAGCUAUUGUUCUAAACUGCAUUCCUAAAGAAACAACCCAAGUACUCCUUAAAGGCAGAAUUUCAAAGGAUGCUUGUCUCUUGGUUCAAGCUUUAUGCCAAAAGGGUAUCCAGGUGGUCACAUUGCAAGAGGAUGAUUACAAGAAGCUGCUAAAGUAUGAUAACAAGCUUGAAAGCAAUUUGGUUCUUUCAGCAAGAUAUGAUGUCAAGGUAUGGCUGGUGGGAGACGGACUGACUGAUAAAGAACAGUCCAAGGCACCAAAAGGAACAUUAUUCAUUCCAUUUUCCAUAUUCCCUCCAAAUCAAAUCCGCAAAGAUUGCUACUAUCAUACUACACCGGCUAUGGAGGCUCCCAAAUCUGUGGAGAACAUGCACUCUUGUGAGGACUGGUUGCCGAGAAGGGUUAUGAGUGCAAGUCGUGUGGCUGGGAUAAUUCAUGCUUCAGAAGGCUGGGAAGUCAACGAGUGCGGUGGCACCACUUUCAGCAUUGACAAAGUUUGGGAGGCUAGUCUUGAGCAUGGAUUUCGCCCCUUGUCAAUCUCCACUUGAUCGAAACUCUAGGUUUCGGUAUUAGCCUAUGAGUAAUCAUAUAGUAAUAAUAAUGUAUGCAUAUGAAUUAUCAUCUUCGUUGUAUCUUGCGAUGUUCUGACAGGUUGACUUCCAUGUGAAUGGGAAUAAUUUGCCUUGUAUUUGCCUAGA